UAAAUACACAAGGAGCAUCAUGGCGGACAGUUGGGAGAGCCCCUCUUCAAAAGCGAAGGUCAGCCUGGUGAAGCGCUGCUCUUGCUGACCCCCAGCCCGUUCAGCCGAGUGAGGAGGAUAAUGUCUGAAGAUUGUCAAUCAUAUUGCAACCGAAAUGCCCUAGGGGUGUUUUUGGAGUAAAGCCAAGUUGAAUUUGUACCAGAAGUAAACCAGUGAACGGACCAUAAGAAACAGGAGCAGGAGUAGGCCAUUCGGUCCAUCGAACAACUCCGUCAUUUAAAGAUCUUCAGCUUCAAGAGUUGGAAAGCAGCUGCUUAUAUGUCCACAAGAUGAGUGGGAUGGGUGAAAAUUCCUCUGACCCUGCCAGAUUAGAUUCAAGAAAGCGCAAGGAAUCGCCAUGUGACCACCCACGACCGAGCCCUAAACGUAGCACUGAGAAACGUCAUCGAGAGCAAGAGAAUAAAUAUAUUGAAGAACUUGCUGAGCUGAUAUUUGCUAAUUUUAAUGACAUUGACAACUUCAAUGUAAAACCAGACAAAUGUGCAAUCUUAAAAGAAACUGUGAAACGAAUCCGUCAAAUAAAAGAGCAAGAAAAGGCUGCUGCAAAUGAAGAUGCUGUGCAGAAGGCUGAUGUGUCCUCUACAGGUCAAGGUGUCAUUGACAAGGAUGCACUUGGACCAAUGAUGCUUGAGGCCUUGGAUGGAUUCUUUUUUGUGGUCAAUCUUGAAGGAAAUAUAGUGUUUGUAUCUGAGAAUGUGACCCAGUAUCUGAAAUAUAACCAGGAAGAACUUAUAAACUCCAGUGUAUACAGCAUACUACAUGUUGGUGACCAUGCAGAAUUUGUGAGAAAUCUUUUGCCUAAGUCUCUUGUAAAUGGGGUGCCUUGGUCCAAUGAAACUCCAAGACGGAACAGCCACACUUUUAAUUGUCGUAUGUUGGUUAAACCACCUGGUGAAACUGAUGAGGAAGGACACGAUAACCAGGAAGCACCUCAGAAAUAUGAAACUAUGCAGUGUUUUGCUGUAUCUCAACCAAAGUCCAUAAAAGAAGAGGGGGAAGAUUUACAGUCCUGUUUGAUCUGUGUUGCAAGGAGAGUUCCUGUGAAGGAAAGGCCACAAUUUGCUAAUACUGAAAGUUUUACCACAAGACAUGAUUUAACAGGCAAACUAAUAUCUCUGGAUAUAAAUGCAUUACGUGCAUCGAUGAAACCAGGCUGGGAAGACUUAGUGCGAAGAUGUAUUCAAAGAUUUCACCUGCAAAAUGACAAAGAGAUUGCAUUUGCUAAGAGGCAUCAUCAUGAAGUGUUGAGGCAGGGUCAGGCUCUGAGUCCUGUGUAUCGGUUUUCGUUAUCUGAUGGCACCAUGGUUGCUGCACAAACCAGGAGCAGGCUUAUGCGCACUCCAAAUACCAAUGAGCCUCAACAUAUCAUGUCACUGCAUGUUGUUCAAAGAGAACAAAAUGUUUGUGGGAUGAAUCAGGAAGCAACUGGACAAGGAAUGGUGAAACCCAUGAAUCCAAAUUCCAGUGGUCCAGCCAUGGCAAAUGUUUCUGCUGCAACAACUGGCCAAGAGAUGACAAUGAACAGCAAUACAAGCUUUUCUGUGAAUGGCCUGAAGGAGCAAACAGGCAUGGGACAAAUGCCAGGAAACAGGUUUGUUACAGGUGGAAUAAACCAUGUAUCAGGCAUGCAAGCAGCCACUCCUCAGGGUAGUAACUAUGCACUCAAAAUGAACAGCCCAUCAAGAAGUAGCCCUGGUGUAACUGCAGGGCAGCAGAAUUCAAUGCUUUCACCUAGGCAUCGUGGAAGUCCUGGUAUGGUUGGAAGCCCUCGCAUCUCAACAAAUCAGUUUUCUCCCAUAGGAAACUUGCAUUCUCCAGUGGGAGUUUGUAGCACCACGGGGAAUAGCCAUAGCUACUCCAGCAAUUCCCUUAAUGCACUUCAAGCCCUGAGUGAAGGUCAUGGGGUAUCACCUGAACUAAAAAUGGUGACUUCACAAAAUUCUCCUGGAAGCAUGAAUCCUUCACUGGUUAAAAAAGGGGGCAUGGACUCCAAAGAUUCUUUUGGAUUGUUCAGUGAGCAAGUUCAACCAGAGAAUGCAUCUGGACAGUCGGAAAGUGGACUUUCUGGAGAGCAGAAAGACAGUAAUGAAAGUAGUUUGAAUCCAUUUGGUGCCGGUGGAGAAAGGACUGAUGGGCAAGGCAGAGGGCAUGAUGGCAAAGGCCAUACGAAACUCUUACAAUUACUGAUCACUAAAUCUGAUCAAAUGGAAUCUUCCCCCUUGGCAAGUACCACUGGAGAUUCUGUUAAGGACUCUACGGGAAAUUCAUCAGGACUACUGUCUACUUCAGCAGUGACAUCAUCCACAACCAGCACCUCUUCAUCACAUGGGCCCUCGCUGAAAGAAAAACACAAAAUUUUGCACAGACUUCUGCAGGACAGCACUUCUCCUGUAGACUUGGCAAAGCUGACAGCAGAGGCCACAGGUAAAGAACCCAACCAGGACAUGAGCAGUUCAAUUCCUGGUGCAGAAAUAACUGUUAAACAGGAGCAAAUGAGCCCCAAGAAGAAAGAAAAUGCACUACUUCGUUACUUACUGGAUAAAGAUGACACAAGUAUGCAUAAUAUUAAACCUAAACUAGAACGGUUGGAUAGCAAGUUGGAUUCCUGCAUGAGCACUAAAACAGCCAUAAAGUCUGAGAAGGAGAUUAACUUUGAGCCAUCUGAACAGCAGAUCAGCAGUGACUUGGAUAACUUAGAAGAAAUUCUUGAUGACCUGCAGAACAGUCAGUUACAGCAGCUUUUCCCAGACACGAAGACGGCACCUGCCAGCGGACCAGUUGACAAACAGACCAUCUUCCAAGACCUUCUCCAAAUUGGCAAUGAAAGUGUCUCUGCACCACCUCUUGGAACACAAAACCCAUUACCCGGGAUGUUACAGAACACUUUCAAUAAUCCUCGAGCUGUACAGACAACCAGACCACAACAACAGGGUCGAAAUGCAGCAUUGGACAUACACAUGCAAGGUCAGACAAGUGCUGGACAAUUCCCACCAAUGCGAAAUAGUGGCCCAUAUGCAGUAAUGUCACAGCAAGUGAUGGGUAAUCAAGGGAUGAUGGCAAGUCAAGGAAGUUUAGCAGCCAAUACAGGAAUGGUCAGUAGUAUGGGAAGUGGUGCCCCUCGAUCCAGCAUGGCUUCUAUGGACUGGGGUCAAUCGAGCUCUGCUGCCAACACCACAGGUAGCACAGGAUCCAACACAAUGACCAGGGCAACAUUGCAAGGUAGUAUGAUAUGCAAUCCUACACCUGGUAUUCCUAUGAGACCGAACAGUCAGCCUGGUCAGAGAUCAAUGAUCCAGACACAAAUGAUGGGAUCAUCUGAAAUUGAAAUGGGUAUGGGAGGUCCUCCAUACAGCCAGCAGCAAGCGCCACCAAACCAAACAGCACCUUGGCCGGACAGUAUAAUGCCUAUAGAGCAGGGACCUUUUGUCAAUCAAAAUCGUAGGCAAUCCUACAGCAGUUCUCAAGACGAUCUGCUUUGUCCAUCUAUUCCAAUGGAAACUGCUAAUGAUGAAGGCACAAUUCUUGAUCAGCUGCGUUCAGCACUAAAGAAUAUUGAUGAACUGGGUCUGGAGGAAAUUGAUCGUGCGUUAGGAAUCCCUGAACUUGUCAACCAGAGCCAAACUGUGGAUCACCAACCAGAAUCGUUCCCUAGCCAGAAGUCCACAUUGAUGGUAGAAAAACCUCAAGUUUAUAAUCAGCCAUAUGGUUCUCAGACUACAGUAGUACAAGGAAACUACUCCAGCAUGCAGGAACCUAAUUUUCAUCCUUUGGCUACUCAAAUGGGGCAGCGACCAGGGUACUCAAUGUUACGAAUGCAACCAAGGCCUGGGCUAAGAUCUCCUGGUAUGGUGGCCAAUCAGCCCAAUCAGCUUCGGCUUCAACUGCAGCAAAGGCUUCAAGGACAGCAAAUGAAUCGUCAGCCACUAAUGAACCCACUUACCACCGUCUCCAACAUGAAUCUACCUCUAAGGGCUAGUGUGCCACCACAGAUGAGUGGUCAGGGACCUAUUAAUGCACAGAUGCUGGCCCAGAGACAGCGUGAGCUUUUGAAUCAGCAUCUGCGUCAAAGACAGUUGAUGCAGCAGCAGGUGCAACAGAGAACCAUGAUGAUGCGGCAGCAGGGUUUGAACAUCCCACCAAACAUGGCAGCCUCGGGCACCAUGGCAGCUGCCAUGAGCACUCCUCGGAUUCCUCAGGCAUCGCCACAACAGUUCCCAUACCCUCCAAACUAUGGUACUGGGCUUACUUCCCCACCACCUUCCACCAGUCCUUUCUCCCCAGUGUCCCCAAAUCCUGGGUCACAGCUCCUCUCUCACAGCUCCUUGCAUGGCUCCCAGAUGAAUCUGGCUAACCAGGGAAUGAUGGGAAAUGUGGGAGGACAGUUUGGGCCUAUAAUGAGUCCCCAAAUGCAGCACAGUGCCUUCCAGUUUCCCAGUUCAGGGAUCAAUCAACAGUCUGAUACAGGAUUUGGUGGGGCUACAACUCCCCAGAGCCCAUUAUUGUCCCCAAGGAUGAGUCAUACACAGAGUCCAAUGAUGCAGCAGUCUCAAUCUACACCUACUUACCAGUCACCUUCUGAGAUUAAUGGCUGGCCACAGGGAAACCUAAAUGGAAAUGGCAUGUUUUCACAGCCAUCUCCACCACAGUUUGGACAACAAGCAAACACCAGCAUGUACAGCAACAAUAUGAAUAUCAGUGUUUCUAUGGCAACCAAUACUGCCGGUAUGAGCAACAUGAAUCAGAUGUCAGGGCAGAUUAGCAUGACCUCAAUGACCUCUGUGCCUACAUCAGGAUUGUCCUCUAUGGGUGCUGAACAGAAAUAUUGCUGACCCUCAGGAUUGCUAUUCCUUCUGUCUUCAACAAGGUCCAGAAGAUCAAUGUGUUUGCUGAUGUACAGUGCAAGGUCAACAUUUAGGUGGUAACAAUUAUAACCAACAAACGAACUCCACCGGAUCAAGCCAAGAAAAGUACAGCAGCCAAUUGAACUCUCAGCCAGGCUUAGAGAAAUUGUUUGUUACAAAAGUUGCUAACAGAGUGACGGGCUCCUUAGUAGCAACAUACUUACCUACUGAAGCUGCUUUGCCCAUUAAUUGCAUUCACCAUAAGUGUGACUUAAGUCUGUCCUCACAACAGAUUGACAUCGGCUUCGAACCUUGUCCGAUGAAUGUAUUUCUAUCGUCGUUUUGCAGAAUGAGCACAUCUUUGCUCUUUUGAUUUUGAUCCUCAGUGGUUGCUGACUUUUCUGCUAUUUAAUCCAAUGCGCAGGCUUUUGGCCAUGUUUUCCUCCAACAGUAUUUAGAAAUGAAGCCUUUUUUUGAAAGGUUUUGCCGUGUGUAAAAAAAAAAGAAAAAUAACUUGCAGAUAAGCUGAGUGAAUGCUGCAAGAGUAACAGAUUUUUGUUUGGAAAGUAUCUAAAUGGAAUUUGAAAUUGUUUUUAUGUUUUUGAUAAAACCAAAUGGGAAUAGACUUCAGGUAGAUCGCCAGUUGAUGUCAGCAAAAGAAUUAAUGUAUUAUCUUUUUAUACUGGGGGUUCUGUUCUGUGGAGUCAUGACUUAACAUCCAGGAUGUAUGAUUUUUUUGUCACAAUUUUUAAUUACAACAGUUAACAAGUAGAAUGUUUCUGGCUCCACAGACCAAGACUACCUGUUAAACAUUCUCAACCCUGUAGAUCCCCAACAAUUGCACAAUAAUAACUUGUCCAACAGCUACUGCUACAAGCUGACAGAAAAAACUAAAAGCACCAACAAACUCUGACCUGUUGCAUAAGCAGAUGGAACGAGGUUUCUGAUUCCUACAGUGGUUAAUAUCUUGUCAAGUUACUCAUGUCGGAACUGUAAUUCUUUUCCUAUUUCUCCUUUGAAAUACAGAUACUAGUGGUCUUUCAGGCCAAGUUUCCACAUCAGCUACCACAGGAGCAGCUAGUUUCUUCUGAGCUAGUGACCCAUGGCACUACCCAAAUAACAAAGACAGGAGCAGUUCAAUCUCAGGCAGUUGGUCUGUCUCAGGAAAGCUCCCACACACCACCAUCCCAGUAGCAGCAUCACCCACAAAAACAAUUGAUUUUGUCUGAGUCAGAAACUCAUGGUCACUCUCCUUGUUGCAGAGGCAGCAGAAGCUUUUCUGUCUUUCAGCCAGCCCAUAUUCCUAUUCCUAUAGUAAUAGCUGGUCUCUUCAUACAAAACAUAACGGCAUCCUUUGAUCUAAGGACUGAUUUUUCCUUUAUCCCAAUUCCUAAGCUUCCUUCCUUCUCUCCCUCUCCUUUUUCUCAGAGCAGUUAUUGAUGCCCCUCAGACCCGUGGUCUUUUACAGCACUAAGCAGCCCCUUGCAAACCAGGUUCCCUUGCAGCAGUAACUGGUCUCUUCUCUGUCCACCACAGCAUACAGUUCUCUAACAGAAUCCUACAAACCAAACUGAGCGGUGAUCUGGAGUUCAGGUGCAUCACUGAAAGCUGCCAGGUCCCUCUCCACCAUGGACACUUUGAAAUAACUCUGUAGAGACAAAAUAAUGAAAGCAAAGCUAAAAGUUAUUUCCCCUCUUCCCUCCUAUCUCUUUAUAGUAUAUUGCUUGUGCAUUUUGUAUAGUUUUUAUACAGUUGGCAUGUACUGUUUGUGUUCUCUUGUAGAAGCUAAUGUAUAAUGGCUCUAUCUGCAUGAAAAUGCAGAAGGAUUACUAGUUCACUGGCAACUAGCCCAAGGAUAGUGCAGAAAUUGUGAACCUUUGAGAGAAAUGAGACAAAUUUAUUUUUGCUGAAUUUCUAAAAAUGAGGUGACACCCGGUACCAAAAUGCAGGGAACAAUUGGCUUGAGAUGUCUGGGUUAUAUAUAUGGAAAUUAAUUAGCAUUUGACCAGAUCCACGUUAAUUUAAGUGACCCAAAUCCCUUUAUGUACAUAGAGCCAAUAAUAUAUUAACCUCUGUUUAUAAUAUUACUGGUCCCUUGUCGGCAUCCUUCUAUUGAUGAACAAUGAUGGACAUGCAGCAAGAAAUCCAUUUGAAAUGGGAUGUCUUAAUAUGGCACAUCUUUGCUGAUGUCUAAAGAGGCCAGUCCUUGAGAGGCAGGUUCUGCCACAAGUGUCACACAUGAAGUUACCAGGUAUCAUUGUGGGUUGUUUUGGGGUUGGCAUCUGUUAGCAAGCCAUGAUAGCCACUGGUCAUCGUGGAGGUGCAUGCCAGCUGACAGGAGAUGUCGCCAUUUUACUCUACCAUCAGCUAGUGACUCCCAGGUGUGAUAAUUGCUGUUUAGAGCCUUCACAUCAAGCUUGCAAGCAUUCUUAAAGCAGAGCUUGGGCCUUCUGCUUGUCAUCUGGCUCCAGCUAACUCACCAUAUAAGUCCUUGGAUAUGUGAUUCUUUUAUCCUGUGGACAUGUGCGAGUCGACGAAGCAGCCUCUGUUGAUUAGUGCUAACAAACUUGGGAGCCCUGCCUUCUGAGAGGAUUGCCACAUUUGUGAUUUUGUCCUGCCAGGAUAUAUCCAUAACAUGUUGCAGACAGCGUAGAUGGAAAUUGUUGAACUUGUUGCACCUAGCAACGUGAUUUUUGUUCGAAUGUAGAAUGUUGAAUAAAUCCAAUUUAAUGUAGCCAUUCUAAUGACCUACAUAAAUAUGUUCAGAAUUUAGGGUUUUGAUGACUUUCUAUUAAGUAUGUGCCUGGGGUAAGUAUCAGUUUUUUCCCAUUCUGCAUUUAUUUUAUAACCAAUCUAAAAUGUUGACUUUGAGAGAUUAUGAAGUUUACUGGCACAAUAAACCAAAAAUUUAAUAUCAUCCGUUUCAUUUGGGCAGAGGAGUCAAAGCAAUUAAACUGAUCAGAUUACAGUGAGACUACAGAGUAGGUUAACCCCACCACAGUACCAUCUUAUCUACUUACAUUAGUCCAGAUCAUUUUCAAUGCCACAUUGACAAAUUAUAAACACAGACAGAUUAGCUGUGUAAGUUUUCUGUAACUAACGGAAUUCAUCUUUACACUCAUGACUGUGCUACUGAUAUGUUUAGUUGAGUUUAUUUGCAUAAGCAUUCAUGGACUAGUAAUGCUUGUAUUGUGAGCCAUAAAAAAAAUAAGGCAUGGGCUGUUCAAGUUAACAUUCUAAGUAGUUUGUUGUUCAUGAUAGCUUUACAAUGCUGUGGGAUCAGAGAGUACAGACUUUUUUGUAAGCUACAGAAACCCAGUGCUUCAUUAUGAUUUCCUAAAAGUCAGUGGCAGUUUCCAGAUGCAAAAUGCUGCAGGUCUAGGACCAGAUGUCACCACAAAUAACAUAAUACAAACAGCCAUAACAUUUUCAUAUGGUAAAGUAUUUUGUAAAUUUAAGACGGGAUGACUUUUGGAAAGCAGUUGGGUAUAUAAGCGUCUGAUGUAUGUAACCAAGCAAUAACUUUUACUUGAGAGCAUAUGUUUUACAUACUUGUAGAAUUUUGAUGAAGUAAAGUUCUUAAGUUGUUGAUUCAAAGUGAGGUACAACAGUAUUACAUUAGAUACCUUGGUAGCAGUGUCUCUCUCACUCUUAUUGUGUAAAUAAAGAAUCAUGAUGCCUUGAUAAGUAGCUAACGAGUUUGUUUCAGUAACAUUUGUGAGGCCAGUAAAUUGACUGGCGAUUCUAGUAGAUAUUGAGCAACCAUUUUUAGUUUUCCAAAUUGUACAAAUAUCAUGCCUAACUACCCAACAAACUGCUACUCUGGUCUGCAUUGUUUCCAUCAAUCUAGUAGUAUGAUUAAAAUUGGAAGACUUUGUGAAUAAAUUGGAAGCAGGUGCUUACUUUCUUAGUUUAUUAAGCUGUUAUAGGGUCCUGAUGCCUUUGUAUUUGUGUGUCAGGCUACAUGGAACAUGCUGUCAUUUAUGGCCUAAAACCCACGCUGAUCAUAUUGAUCACUGUACAGAUACUGAAUAACAGACCUGUUUUUGCCUCAACAGUUGCUUUUAGGAAGGAGUUCAGCCACAUCUCACAGCUACAGAUCACUCAGUUGAUAAAGAACUAUGUUCUUUCUGUAUUAAAAUGACAUCAUUGUGUUUCAGACUGCUUUGGUAUGAUAUAGCUUUAUGUAAAUAUUGCUGUGAUUUAGGAAAGUUUUCUGAAAUGCAGGCAUUUAAUUUUGCAGAUUUUAGAGCCUAGACCUUUGCAUUUGUGUCUACGGGAACAUUAUGUAAUACUUAACAAGUUUUCUGUAUUUAUUCUAUUUUAUAUCUAUGCUUUAUCUUAAUAGAUAUGGUUUACAACUGGAUGUGUCACUUAGCUUUGUGCAAAUAAUAACUCUGCAAUUGCCUACAGAGCCAAAAGAUUUUUAAAACAAAAAAAUCAGGUGGAAGUGAGGAGGUCUAUGUCAUAUUGAGCUCUGUAUAGUGUAACCCCAAUUUAUAACUUCUAUAGAUUUGAAUGCAUCAAGGUCUAUUCUCUUGGAAAGAGGGUGCAUGGGAGCUACUUUCAUUGGGAAGCAACAUCUCUGGUUGCAUUAUGUUCAAUCUAUAACAUUUUCCUCUAACAGAUUUAAAGUAAUGAUGCAAAAUUAACAUUAAGAACUAUGUAUUGUGAUGCUGUACAUUGCAGACAAGCAGGGCUUUGUAGCUCCGUUUGCAAAAUCCAAAGAUUUCACUGAGUUGAUUUUAAAAUACAGCUAAGCCAUGGUAUGUUGGUGUGGUUCAACAUUUUAUAGUAUUUCUACACAAUUGAUUGUUGACUGGAUGCAGACACAUUCUCUGUACAAACUAUUCUAUGGAUUUUCAAUUUGAUAGGCAAUUCCCGUCUACUUUUUUUCAUUUAGAGCUUGAACUUGUUUUGUAAAAUCUGUCAAUUUCUUAGUACAGUGCAGGAACCUCAAAUGCUAUAACUUAGCAUAAUGCCUUAGAUAUGUUUUUAUGUCCUGUAUAUUCCUAGCAGCUGUUUGUUGUAUUAUAUUGUUUGUAUAGUGAAUUGUGUAAAAUUUUUGGAUGUGUCAUCAGUUAUUAAUUUUUUUGUCAGAUAAAUAGAAAUAUCAGCAAUAUGGACCCAUGGUUAUUGCUUAGUUUUUUGCUGUUAUUUUGUUCCUUUGUGGUCAGUAGGGGUCACUAUUUGUAAAAUGUUUUUUCCCAAGUCUCUGAGGUGUAUAUUGACGAGUUGCAAAUUCUAAGCAAUAUGUAAAGUAAGAUUCUUCAGAAGGCUUACAGUGUUGCAAGUUCAGAGAUGUAUUUUUUUUAGUUCACACUAAACACUUUUGUUUUCUUCUUCUGGCAUCCAUGUUUGUAUCCUUAUUGUGAGCAUUUUAUGCCAAGUUAGGUAUAUUCAAAGAAAUUAAAAUAAUACAUUUAUGCAAGUUGUUAACUAAUAUUGCUUUUGCUGAUGUCAUUUGCUUACUUGAUGUUAAAUAAUGCUGUUGUAAAUAAAGAAUUCUGUUAUUGCAAUGUUUAAUAAAAUUUAAUUCCUUUGAA